GUCUGCUGCCUGCUCAGGUAUACCACUAAUGAAUGCAAAUACAGAGAGGACACAGAGAGCCACAAGGUGCUGUAGGAGCUUCUUGUCCUGGUGCAACAGUGGGAGAGUCAUGGUGGCGUUCAAAGGCGUUUGGACCAAGGGCUUUUGGAGGGCGGUGUCCGCUGAGUACCUGGCCACCCUCAUCUUCGUCUUCCUGGGGGUGGGCUCCACUAUCAACUGGCACGCGACCAAGGAAAACCCCCCUCCGGCCGACCUGGUGCUCAUCUCCCUGUGCUUCGGCCUCAGCAUAGCCACCAUGGUGCAGUGUUUCGGGCACAUCAGCGGAGGACACAUCAACCCGGCUGUUACCGCAGCGAUGGUGGUGACCGGGAAGUUGAGCUUGGCCAAAGCUCUGUUUUAUGUGUUGGCACAGUGCCUGGGAGCCAUCACCGGGGCGGGGUUACUUUACUUGGUCACGCCCCCAGCAGUGAGGGGGUCCUUCGGAGUCAGUGAUGUAAACACAGACAUUUCAGUGGGACUUGGCCUUCUGGUGGAGAUCAUCAUAACAUUUCAACUGGUGUUUACCGUCUUUGCCACGUGUGACCCCAAACGCACCAAUCUGAGCGGGUCUGCAGCACUGGCUAUUGGUGUGGCUGUAGUCAUUGGACAUCUGUUUGGAAUUCCAUACACAGGAGCAAGUAUGAACCCUGCACGAUCGUUUGGACCUGCAGUAGUUACUGUAACGUUUAAAAAUCAUUGGAUAUACUGGCUGGGUCCGUUACUGGGUGGCAUUCUGGCCGCCGGUCUUUACGAAUACCUCUUCUGCCCCGACCCGGAGGUGAAAAAGCGGCUGCAGCAGGUCUUCCAAAAGGACCAGUCAGGACGAUACAAGGAAGUGGACGCUGACGACAUCACGAUAAAACCGGGGAGCAUCGACGUGGAGAAGGGCGAGAAGAAGGACCUGUUCAACGACAAGGGAGAUGUGCUGUCGUCCGUAUGACUAUCACGCGCACUGCAAAUAGAGACCAAUCUGUAGCACGAGCAGA